UAGUAGUAUUAAAAUGGCUGACAGUUGGGGCCAGGUGGUGUUGUUUAGAGAAAAGAAAGAACCUGUAGAUAAAUAUGAAGAGGUAUUAAAAGGUGGAGGAUUUGAGACAGUAUUUAUUCCAGUUUUAUCAUUUAAAUACACUGACAGUAAAACUAAUGGACUGCUUGAUGCUAUCACGUCACCUUUAAAAUAUUCAGGUGUCAUAUUUACUAGUCAGACAGCUGUCAAUGCCCUUGUAGAUAUGAUUGAAAAGGAGAAAUUAGUGAUUGGUAUGUUAACACAGAAUUAUAGAGACAGAUGGCGAGAGAGAGGAAAGGUUGAUAAAUGGACUGUUGUUUUUGUGGUUGGACCAUCUACCAAGGAAUGUGUUGAGCGUCAGUUAGGAUUACAAGUUACAGCUGGUGGAGUAGCCGAUGUAAAGAAGGCUCCUAUUGACAAGCCGUUCUUGUUUCCCUGUGGUAAUAUGAAGAGAGAUACUCUGCCUGUGAGUCUAUCAGAGAAUGGCAUACCUCUUGAAACCAUUGAGUGCUAUCAAACCAUACAAGACCCCAACAUUGAGAGUGAAAUCAGCAAUAAGUGUCAUAAAUGGAAUAAAGGAACAAUGUUAGUGUUUUUCAGUCCAUCAGGCGUCCAAUACUCACUGCCAGUCAUUAAACAACACUGUAUUAAUAUACAAAACUUUACAUUUGUGUCAAUAGGCCCAACGACUGCUUCAUCACUUAUUUCAAACGGGAUCCCUUCUCCUCUUGUCUGUUCAAAACCAACUCCCUCUGAUCUUUUAACUUUAAUAAUUAAUAACUCUAACUUUAAUAAUUCAUAACUACAACUCCGUGUCAUGCUCCGUAUACUUGGUUGUGGGCGGGGUCUGUCGCUAUAGCAACAACCUUUGAAAAACA